UGGAGAUUCUAUUAUUACACUCAAGCAGCGUACGAGUAAACUAUCCGAUUCCGUCAAGUAUGAGUCCAUGAAACUAUCAACGGCCGAUGAACCUCUCAAGGAAGCUACAGGCGACAGCAAGCAUGUUCUCAUCAUUGGCGGCGGUGUCAGUGGACUACUCGUAGCAUGGAUGCUCCUUGAUAAAGGCUUCCGGGUGACCAUCCUCGCCCGGGAAUGGGCUUGGACCAAAGACUUUCAGGGAUCUCGCAUUACCUCGCAAAUUGCCGCGGCCCUGUGGGAGAUGCCACCAGGUGGGUGCGGGCACAGAGAGAUCGAAUCACCGGGAAAGGGCUGGGCUAACGUUCAGCAUUAUCGAGAAUGGGCCUUGGACAGCUAUGAUUUCUACACCGAGCUCGCAAGUAUUUCCAAUAAUCACGAAAAUGGAGGGCGCUCCUUUGGUCUUAAAGUCGCAGAUCUUCACCAGUUCUUCUAUUAUAAUGUGGUUGAAGAUCCCAAAGACAAGAAGUCGCAGAUAUAUGAGCACUAUGAUAAGUUUUGUGCCGUUAAAGACGAGAUACUGCUCAAACGUGUUAUGAAAGACAAGGGGUUAAUGGGUGACACCAUCGAAAACUAUACUUACAAGGAUAAGACCGCCAUUGCAACUAAAUUCGGGUCGGACCUGAUCAAUUUAAGCCUAGGAGGGAAAGACUUCACAAGCGGUUAUUCUCAUCCAGCUCCAAUCAUAAACACGGACAAGGCGUUGGCAUACCUGAUGGCCCUAGUCAAGAACAAGGGAGCCACGCUUGAGACGCGAGAGAUCAAGGAUCUUUACACUACUGGGGAAGAGUUGUUGAAAGAUUUUGAUGCGCAUGUUAUUGUCAACGCCACCGGUCUCGGUGCCAGAGAACUGGUCAACGACAAAGAUGUGUAUCCUGUUCGGGGCGCUAUUCGACGAGUCGAAAACACUCGCAACGGCAAGUUCCGUCACCUCGCUGAUGCGUAUUUGGUCCCAGCGCAAAUUGGACCUUCGAAACUACCCACCAAAACGGUGUUCAUCGUACCGCGCAACGAUGAUAUCCUCUAUGUGGGAUCCAUAAUCCAACCGAACAACGGCCAAUUGAACUUGGGUCCAGAGUCGCCUGAGGUCCAGCAGAUGUGGAAUCGAGCAGGAGAUUUCAUGCCGACCUUGCAUCAUGCGGGCUUCAGGAAAGACUUUCCAUUUGCUCAGGGCUUGCGGCCAUUUACCAAGAACAAUGUCAAGGUGCGAGCAGAUGAGAAAGUCACAUUUCCCCUCGUGCACAACUACGGCCAUGGAGGGUCCGGAUGGACUCUGGGGAUCGGAACUGCUCGCUCUGCUGUAUAUAUCGUGGAGCGGCUUCUGAAAGAGACGGCAGAAGUGAAGGAGAAAGCGGCAAAGAUCAACGAAGAUCUAUAUAGCCCCCGCCCGAAACCAGACCUCAACGUAAGGAGGAGUAGACAUCGAUCCUCAAUCCAUCAGAAAGCAAAGCUCUAGGACUAGACAUGCUUAUAGAAAUGUUAGUAGUGUACGUAACUUGGCUUCACUUCACCAUCCAGUUUAUUAGCAUCUUGUGCUGGAAACGUAUCAUGCCGUAAAGUUCGUGGCAUGCGUAUUCUAUGCGAUUCAGGCCUGUUUAUUUAAGAGCUUUAAUGAAUCGAUG